AUGUCUCUCAACAUCGACCACGAAGAACUUUUCGCCUUGAGCGAAGACGUCUGCUCCGCCCUCGACGACGUCCUCGACACCACUGCUCCAGGUGUAGCUCGUCUGGCACUGACCUCAAUCUCCAUGUUGCGCUUCGUCGAAACUGCCAUCGUGGACAUGGCCGCCAAAGAACUCUCAGCCAUGGAAGAAUUGCGCCGCGUCCAACGCUCUGAGCUUCAAGCCGCCAAAGCUAGAGAAGAGCGUGUCAACAAGACCAUUGAUGCUGCGGUCCAAGUGCUUGUUGUGGAUGUUGCAAAGGCGGUGUGCAAGUUCAAGCAUGGUGUUGGAGAGGUAGUCAGGAGAUUGGAGGAGAGAGAGAAAACAGGCGAGGAGUUGGAUGAGAAAUUGAGGGUUGCGAGGGAGACUCAGGAGGAGACGCGUGCUCUGCUGGAAGAGGAUGUUGGUUUGUCGGGUGGUUUUGUUGCUGCUGGAGAGUUCGUUGAUUUGCUACUGCUGAGAAGAUUUUGGUUAUGGAGCUGA